UUUAGGUAUCGUAUUCGGUUAGCGAACGUUCCGUACAGCACUGGUAGUGGGGUGACCCCACUCCCAGUGCUGCGGAACGGGGAACGGACUCUAACCGAAUACGAUACCUAAACGGUGAUCACCGUCACGCUUUUAUUUCACUGAUAUCAUAAAGGAACAGGAACGUUUCACAACGUGAUCUAGAAAUCACGGUAUCGCUCAUCUCUAAGUUCAAACAUGUUUUCAGUAAGGGUUAUUUGCCGAAUUGGACAACUGAAAUAUUCAAAAUCAGCAAGAUUCAAAUUACCAAUCCUGUUACCUAUCUCCUUGAUGAUUUACAAGGACAACCUAUUAGAGGAGCUUUUUAUGAACCAGAACUCCAAAAAGCUAAAUAUUCUGAUGUAUAUUUAGUUGAAAAAAUUUUACGUAAAAAAGGAAAUAAAGUUCUGGUCAGGUGGUUAGGAUUCGAUAAAUCACAUGACUCCUGGAUUAAUAAAUCAAACAAAUUGUGAAUGAAGCUAUCAUUCCAAGUUUUGACUUCGAUUGAACAUCAUGUUCGGUUAUCAGGACACAGCAUCAUUUGAUACAGUGUAUGAUUCCAUAAUAAUGGAUAUGGAAAAAAAUUUUGUUUUGAACACAAAUCUUACAACGACUGAACACGUCAUUGAUUGUGGAUUAAGUGGUGUAAGAAAUUUUGAACCAUCUGUAAGGAUAUCCAAUAAUGAAGACUCACAGAACUUAGGACGAAAAGUGUCUAUAUCAUUCGAUUCUAAGCAAUGGCUGCUGUUUAUUGAGAUCCUCAAACUGAAUGAAGCCAACGACAUCAGAUUUAUUGAAGACAUUUCUAUUGUAACUACCACAGUAAAUGGGUUCAAGAUAUUACAUGUUUCGAGGAAUGAUAAUAAUUUAUAUUUUAUUUCACAAGAUGUAUCGAAUAUUGUAGAACUUCAUGAUCAAUUUAUAAAAUCUAGAUUAGAAAUGUUAUUGAAUCUCAAUUUUCAAGCCUACUAUAAAAAAUUUUUGAAUGCUAUAGUUACUAUGAAAAAACAUAGUGUACAGUCUAUUGAGGAAUUAAUUACAAUCUUUUGUAAUCUCAAUUCAUCGAUUGAAAAUUUGAUUUUAUGUGAAUGCAUGAUUUUCAUCAAAGACAAAAUACUCAAUGAAAUUGAAUAUGUGAACUGAAUACGUUAUAAUGAAUAAAAUUUUUCCUUGAUAUCUCUUUGUUUCAAAAUUAUGUUCCAAGACUAACCACAGCAUCCUCAUGUAGUCAUAGUGAAGAAUUUCAAUUCCUGGUUUGUGAAAUAGGUCUGAAAUUAGGAAAUAGUACUUAUUUUAAGCAUCCUGAGAUUGUCUGUGGUUUCGGUGGAAAAAAACUACCCACCCAUUUCACUGAUAUAAAAGCUGAAUAAACUGAGUAAAUUCAUCAGUUGAUGUUGAUGAAUCAAUAACAAAGUGUUCUGUUGAUCUCUACCAAAUCAAAUAAAAAAAAAAUGGAUCUUAAUAAAAUUAAUGAGAUGGGUGCUCUUUCAGUUAAGAAUAAGGAAGUUGUGCCUUUGAACACAUUGGAACUCAACUGCAUUCAUGCAAUAUUGGAUGCAAAACUGGUAACGACCGUGUAUGGAGAUUGUAUUCUUCUAGAACUUGAAGAUAAUAAGAUUUUUUUACCAAAAAGAGCAACGUUGGUUUUGAAAGAACAUUUGGAUGAGCUGAACAGUCAGAAAUAUGGUAUCAAAUUUAUUGGAAUGAAGGAGAUCAUAGGACUCACAACAUCAACACCGCUGUUCCAGAUUGAGUUGAUGGAAUAAUGGAGGUAUGUGACAUUUCUCUAUUCCAUAGAGCUAUGCAACUUCUUGUUCGUGAGAAAGACAUAAAUAUAAUAAGAGCUUGGAUACGUUUGAUAAAUAAGCAUAUUUGUUUAUUCAAUAAAAGUAUUGUCAAUAAUGUGGAUCAUGGGCAGAUAAUCAAAAUUCAAUCAGCUUUAUGUGAUUUGAAACGAUAUAAAAUACAACUGAAAUCUUCUAUUAAUUAUAAAGGACCAUCAACACCGCUGUUCCAGAUUGAGUUGAUGGAAUAAUGGACGUAUGUGACAUUUCUUUAUUCCAUAGAGCUAUGCAACUUCUUGUUCGUGAGAAAGACAUAAAUAUAAUAAGAACUUGGAUACGUUUGAUAAAUAAGCAUAUUUGUUUAUUCAAUAAAAAUAUUGUCAGUAAUGUGGAUCAUGGGCAGAAAAUCAAAAUUCAAACAGCUUUAUGUCAUUUGAAACGAUAUAAAAUCCAACUGAAAUCUUCAAUUAAUUAUAAAGGAGCCGGAAUCAGUAGAAAACGGAGCGAUCGAGUGAAAUGGCAAGAUGUUUGUUCAUCUUUCAAGUGUCGGAUAAGAACAGGCGUAGUAAUUAAUUUAAAACAUAUACUUUUCACUGAAUUUCUACAAGAUGCAUUUCACCUCUUAAAACGAAGAGUACAAAUUGCUUUAAAAAAAAAUGAUAUUGUUAAAAUUAAUACUGUUUUUUGUGGACAAUUUAUUAAAAAAAGAGGUGAAUGAAGAACUGAUAGAUUUCAAAUAUUUUCCAACUAAAAAUGAAAUUAUCGAUAAAAGUACAAACUUGAAGGAGUGGUAUGAAAAAAAUGUAGUAGAUCCAAUAAACAUCAAACUCCAAUCGUUUCAAGAGAAAGAAAGUGGAUUUGCACUUCAUUCAAUAGUUGCAUUAGAAGUCAAUAUGAAUAAAGUUGAAAUAGGAAAUGGUGGAAGUUCAUUUAUACGUUUACCUGAAGAAAUAGCAUGCAAACGCGCUUGUAUAAAUAUUCAAAACUAUGAUGAUGAGUUUUGUUUCAUGUGGAGCAUCAUCGCAGGUUUAUAUCCAACAUCUGACUCACACAAUUAUAGAACAUCGUCCUAUCCUCAUCCGAGAACUAUCUUCAAAAUUAAUGAUAUUGAAUUUCCAAUAGCAUUUAAAGAUAUAUCUAAGUUUGAAAAACUGAAUGAAUUAUCAGUAAACGUGUUUUCUCUGCAAAUGGAUAAGCAUAAAAAAUUCACAGUAAUUCCCACACGCAUUUGUACUUCGAAAAUUCCAAAUAAACAUGUGAAUUUGCUACUCAUACAGAAUUACUAUCAACCUGAAAAUGUUCGAGAAGACAAUUCAAUCGAUAGGGAGAUAAAAUACCAUUUUGCAUAUAUAAAAAAUUUAUCCAGACUAAUAGCAGGUCAAGUGAACAAACAUAAAUGUAAGCUAUGGAUAUGUGAUCAAUGCUUGAAUUAUUUCUCUUCUGAUGAAAAGUUGAAUAACCACAUCAAACUGUGUACAAAACAUCAAUCCUGUCGCAUAGAGUUUCCAGAAAAAAGUCAUAUUUCUUUCACUAACUACUGUUAUAAACAAAGAAGCCCCUUUGUUUUAUAUUGUGAUUUUGAAUCUUAUUUAGAACCUAUGAACGAAGUGAAAUUCAAUUCGAUUAGAUAUCAAAAACAUACGGCUAUAAGUGCAGGAUUUUAUUUGAAAAGUAUGUAUGAAGAAUUAAUUCCCUCAUUUUUCGACAGUUAUACUGGUGUGAAUUGCAUGGAGGGGUUUUCUUCUAAAUUAGCGGAAUUAACAGACACUUUAUAUCAAAAAAUUAAAUUUGUGGAACCUAUGAAUUAUUCAUAUGAUGAUGAUGAUGAUUGUGAUGAUAAAACUAUUUGUCAUAUAUGUAGAAAAAAAUUCACACCAGACGAUAUUAUUGUUAAGGAUCAUGACCAUUUCAAUGGAAAAUACAGAGGACGAGCCCAUAAUAAAUGUAACCUGAAUUACAAAAAAAGUUUCGUUAUUCCAGUAGUGUUUCACAACCUUGGAGGAUAUGAUGCACAUUUCAUAAUAAAAGAACUAGCAAAAAGUGGUUCUGUUUCUCUUCUACCUUUGAAUAUGGAGAAAUAUAUUAGUUUCACAAAAUAUGAUUCUGAAACAAAAAUACAGCUUAGGUUUAUCGAUAGUUUCCGUUUUUUGAACAGUUCACUUGAAAAUCUAGCUUCAUAUUUGAAAUUAGAUCAGUACACUGAGUUGAAAAAUCAAUUUUCUAAUUUGAGUGUAGACAACUUGAAACUGUUAACUAGGAAGGGUGUUUUUCCAUACGAUUACAUAGAUAGUAUAGACAAAUUAUGUGAACCCUGUCUGCCAUCUAGAGAAAAAUUUUAUAAUCAAUUGAAUUAUGAUGGGAUAAGUGAGGAACAAUACCUUCAUGCUCAACAGGUUUGGUCCACAUUCAAGUGUCAUACAAUGAAAGAUUACAUAAUGCUAUAUCUUAAAACUGAUAUAUUACUUUUGGCUGAUAUCUUUGAACAAUUCCGUGAUAGUUGCAUUAAAGAAUAUGAGUUAGAUCCUAUUCAUUAUUAUACUUUGCCUGGAUAUACAUGGGAUUGUAUGUUAAAAAUCACGAAUAUUGAAUUAGAAAUUAUCAAGGAUAUUGAUAUGUUACUCUUCAUAGAAGAUGGAAUAAGAGGUGGUAUUAGUCAAUGUUCCAAUAGAUUAUCUCAUGCAAAUAACAAAUAUAUGGGAUCUAAGUAUAAUAAAUAGGAAAAAGAAAAAUACCUGCUCUACCUUGAUGUGAACAACUUAUACGGAUUCGCUAUGAGUCAAUUUUUACCCUAUGGGGGAUUCGAGUGGGUUGAAACAAAUAUUGAUAUCUUAGGUAUACCUGAUGAUGCUCCUGAAGGUUAUAUAUUAGAGGUCGAUUUGGAAUAUCCUCAGCAUAUUCAUGAUCUUCAUAAAGAUCUACCGUUUUGUGCAGAAUCGCGGAUACCACCAGGUUCAAAAAUAAAACAACCCAAAUUACUAACAACUUUAUUUCCAAAGAAAAAUUACAUUCUACACUAUCGAAAUCUGAAACAAGCUCUUAGUCAUGGACUGAUACUCAAAAAAAUUCAUAGGGUCCUUAAAUUCAAACAGUCUGCCUGGCUUAAAGUUUAUAUUGAUAAAAAUACACUUCUAAGACAAGCUGCGUGUAAUGAUUUCGAAAAAAACUUAUUCAAAUUGAUGAACAAUGCUGUAUUUGGAAAAACUAUUGAAAAUAUUAGGAAACAUCGAACUGUUAAAUUAGUUAAUCAGUGGAAUGGAAGAUAUGGAGCGAAGAAUCUUAUUGCAAGUCCCCUUUUCAAAUGUAGAACAAUAUUAGAUGAUGAUUUGGUAGCAAUCGAAAUACAAAAACGACUACUUAUAUUUGAUAAACCAAUAUAUGUUGGAAUGUCAGUAUUAGAUAUUUCGAAGAUAUGUCUAUAUGAAUUCCACUACGAUUAUUUUUUACCUACCUUCAAGGAUUGUAUAUUGAACUAUGUAGAUACUGAUAGUUUAACAUAUGAAAUUAGUAAUCAAGAUCCAUACGAGCAAAUCAGACAAGAUUGUCCUACUCGAUUUGAUACAUCAGACUAUCCUCCUGAUAAUGUAUACAAUAUUCCAAGAGUGAAUAAAAAAGUUCUUGGACUCAUGAAAGAUGAAAACAACGGUUUGAUAAUGACAGAUUUCGUUGGAUUACGUUCAAAAAUGUACUCUUAUUGUGUGGACUCAAAAGAACUUAAAAAAAUCAAGGGAAUCAAAAAGAAUGUUGUGAAAAGUUUAUCAUUUAAUGAUUUCUUACAGUGCUUACUGAAUGAUAGUGUAAUGUAUAUCAAACAGAUAAAUAUAGUUUCUAAGGGUCAUAAUGUCUUCUCAGUAGAACAGAAAAAGAUUGCUCUAUGCUAUAAAGAUGACAAACGUUACAUAAUUCCACAAUCCCACAACACACUGCCUUGGGGUCAUUAUAGCAUUAAACAAUAAAAAUACUAUGUAUUUUUUUCUUCCAUAAGAUGAAAUCAUUCAUCUGCAACAUUGGAGAAGGUGCCAUACGAGAUUACUUCAGCUUCCAACCUGAACUUGUUGAAAAAUUUAAAGAAGAAUUCCCUCUCGAAUUUGAAGAAGCUAACGACAUCCCUUGCAAAACGUGGGUACUUAUGGGUAAAUUUAUUGCCUUAUUAAAAGGUCAAGCAAAUUCAUUUCAUUCCAUAAAUCUAAUUGUGUUCGAUUAUAAUGAUGUUAUAUUGAACUACUUCGAGAGAAGCAGAAAAUGGAGAUCAAUAAAUGAAAUCUUAAUAUUCACCAAUCAAUUUCAAAGCAAAAAUUCAAAAUUAAAGGUUAGUCUUGCAAAUAACUUUCCAUUGAAAACAACCAAUUUUUUGAUAGAUGUUUUUUGUUAUGUAGAUCUUUCAUUUCUGCAUCAUUAUAGUAAAAAAAUGUUACAUUUAGAAUCAGGUCUAUCGAUUGAUAUCAAUUAUGGUUAUGAAUCUGAAUAUUACCGUCAAAAGGAAGACCACUUGAAAAAUAAUACAAUAACGUACAAUCCUCCUACACUGAAAUUUCUUUCUAUGUGUAAAAUCUGUACAAAUCUGGCCAUUCAAGAUACUCUUAAGCACCCUUUGUUAUAUUUUUUUUAAAUGAAAAGUAAUGAUUUGAAACCGUAUGUUACAGAUAUUGAUUUAAUGUGUUAUGAAUCUAUGCCUCCAGCAGAUGAAUAAUAAUAAUAUCGAUACAAAAAAUUGAUAUGAAGUUCAAGUUUUCUCACACCUUUUUGAAUGUUGUUAUUAUUUCUAUUUAGAUUAAGAAUAUGUGUAUGUACCAAUAGUAAUUGAAACACCUUGUAAUGUUAAUAAAAUAUUUAAUAAAUAUAUUUUACAAACUCAA